AUGUGUCACUACACCGUAGAAGCAUGCGGAAACGAUCAUGAGGUAUCCAAGCGCAGAAAAUACAGACACUGUUCCUCUUGGGAAGAAGGUGUCGACUCGGAAAGUUGCACAUACGAAGCUGCAUUAAAAGCAGGAGAGGUGAAGCGAGAAUCUGUUCAAACUAGAGUUUGUGAACAGUGCGUGAGAGAAAUCAUCAAGGACAUGAAAGCCGAAGACGAAAAAUUCUGCAAAGAGGAAGCGGUUGAAAGUAAGGAAGAAAGAUCGGGGCACAAGAGAGAUCUGGUGAACGAUAACAUGGAGGCCAUCAGUAAGACCGACGAAAACAAAGCUUCACCGAGAAAUGCUGAAUCUUCUAACCAGCUACACAUCAAGGGACCCAUAUUUGUUGAGUCAGUGAGUGUUAAAAAAGCGGCGAAAGAAUUGGCAGAGACGGAGGACGCUAUUAUCAAAUCUAAAAUUUUACUGGAUGACGUCGGAUCUCUCGAACUACAAGAUCUCGAGCGCAAGGCAGGGCCAAGCGUCUUGUCACAUGCACUUCAAAAAAUUACAAAUAACCAAGCAAACCAGACAAAUACGAAGCGCUUAGCCAACACAACCAAGAAGCAGUCACUUCGAAGUAAAAGUUAUGGCGCUCCAAAUAUUAAGCGCGUCUCGGAGUAUAAGCUAAAGAGUAUACCAGAGCCGGAUAUUGUUAGACAAAGAGAGGCUCAAGAAGACGCUACCGAGGCCGCGACCGUGGACAAUGAGCAAGACGCAGAAGAUGAAGUAGAGGAAGAGGAGCUGAUAACAGUGGUAAAAAAAGAGAAAGCAUACGAACAGGAAAACGAGAAAAAGGAGGAAACAGACGAACUAGAUCAAUGUUUAGUUAUUCAGAGUGGGCGUCCCCAAGCUCCGACCGCAGCAAGACGCGGUAGGAGCACCGGAAGGGGCUUCAAAGGUUCAAUGCCGGUGAAUGAUACCCCAACAAAACGUGGUCGUGCGAUGUGUGUCUACUACACCGAUCUAUGCCCGCGAGGCGAUAUUAUUCUAAUUCACACCACUGCUUGCCGAGACGCACAUCGUCGAAAAUAG